AUGAGGUACCUUCUCGGCUUCUGUACUGUGCUCGCCGUCGUCCUGCUGCCCGUGGCAGCUCACCAGCCCUUCCAGUAUCCGCUGUCGGACCAUGCCCAAGCUCAGCAGCCCAUCUGCCCCGACCUCGACCUCGGCGGCCGCGGUCGCAGCAGCGACGAUAACAAGCGAUCUCUCGCCCGCACACGAAAGGUGGCCAUCAUCGGCGCAGGCCCCUCGGGCAGCUCGGCCGCCUACUUCCUCAAGACGGCACAGGACCGCAUCAACCUCCUCGCCGCCACCCGCAACACGACGGCCGACAGGAUCAAGGUGACCAUCUUUGAGCGCGACAACCGCAUCGGCGGACGCACCGCCGUCGCCUACCCCUACGACGACCGGCGCUACCACCCCGUCGAGCUCGGCGCCAGCCUCUACGCCGACGUAAACUACAACAUGCGCCGCGCCGUACGCCAGUUUGGCCUCGAGACGGGCGCACAGAACGGCAUCGGCGGCGAGACGGGCGUCUGGGACGGCCAGCAGUUUCUCUUCCGCGGCGACAUUUCCAGCUGGUGGACCAGCGCAAAGCUCUUUCUCCGCUACGGCAACAGCCCGCUCGCCGCAGAAAAGCUCCUCAAGCGCGCCCUCGCUUCCUUCCUCCGCCUCUACAGCGCAUCCUACCUCCACCGCCCCAGCCGCGACGACGCGAACGCCACCGCCUCGGGCUUCCCCUGGAAGACGAUCGCCAGCCUCGCCCACGCCGUCAACGUGUCGCAGCCCGCCAGCGUCACGGCAAGCCAGUUCUUCACCUCCAACGGCGUCUCGACGCUCUUUGUCGAAGAGAUGAUCGAGGCGCUCAGCCGCGUCAACUACGCCCAGGACACGCCCGACCUCCACGGCUUCGCCGGCCUCAUCAGCCUCGCCCUCUCGGGCGCCACGGGCGUGCGCGACGGCAACUACCGCGUCUUUGAGCAAUUCGUCGAGCGCAGCGGCGCCCGCAUCCACCUCGGCGAGGCGGGCACCGUGACGGGCCUGGUCAAGUUCGACAGCCUGCGCGACGCCGUGCGCAGCGGCAAAAUCACCUGCAACGAUGCCCUCGCCUACGGCUGGACGGGCGCAGAGGCCCAGCAGGCGCGGUGGUGGGUGGGCACCCGCGACGGCGAGGGCGAGCUGUUUGACGCCGUCGUCGUCGCUGCGCCCUGGCACGACGCCGACAUCACCCUCGUCAACACCGACCGCCGCAUCCCGCGCCCGCCCUAUGUCCACCUCCACGUCACCCUCCUCGCCACCACGGCCAAGUCGGCCAACCCGCUCUACUUUGGCUUUGGCAAGGCCGACGACGUGCCCGCCACCGUCCUCACCAGCGCCGAGAGCGUGCGCAGGGCCGUCGCUGCCCGCUUGGCGGCGGCGGCGGCCGACAGCGGCGAAGCACCGCAGGCCCACGACGAUGCCGUCAAGUCGCCCAACCUCGAGUUCCUAUCGAUGAACUACCUGCGACCUCUGCGGUUCCGCAACGAAUCGUCGGACGCCACGCAGUCGACGCCGGCAGCGGGGGCGGGAGCGGGUCCAGAGCGGGCGGGCGAGUACAUUGUCAAGAUCUUCAGCCUCUCCCCGCUCUCGGACGCGCAGCUGCACCGCCUCUUUGACGCCUCGAGCAUCGGCUGGGUGCACCGCAAGCAGUGGUUCUCGUACCCGCUGCUCACGCCGCUCUCGACCUUCCCGCGCGUCGAGGUCGACGAGAACCUCUACUUCCCCAACGCAUUCGAGAGCCUCGCCAGCACCAUGGAGACGAGCCUCGUCUCGGCGCGCAACACCGUCGGCCUGCUGCUGCGCAAGUGGUACGGCGAUGCCUUUGUCAAUGGACCGACGGGUGACGGCGACGGGGAGGCGGAAUGUCCUUGGACCAAGGCCGAGGGUGGUUUCGCCGUCGAGGACAAGGACGAGGACCAGGACGAGGAGACGGUGUUGAACAAUGAAGAGUGGGCCGGUUGGGGUUGUCGAAGCGGUUGA